GCGUCCUGCGCGCAGAACUGCAGGUCGGUAAAAACGGAAGAGCAACAAGUGAUGUGGCGUAACUGGGACAAGUCGUAAUUUAUACUGUUCAUGUCUGAUUCAAGUCCAACGAGCCCGCUUCUUGGAACCAUGGACAAGUUGAGGAAACAGCUAAGUGGGGAGGGAGAUGAUGAGAAGGGUUUGGUCACACAGAUUGCAGACGGCUCCACCUUGAGUUGGUCCACACGUAUCAAAGGCUUUGCCAUCUGCUUCAUUUUGGGGGUUGUUUUUUCUUUCUUGGGUACGUUCCUGUUGUUCACCAAAAAUGGGCUGACUGUGUUCGCUGUCUGUUACACAUUUGGCAACUUGCUAGCCCUCGGGAGCACUUGUUUCCUGAUGGGCCCCAUUAACCAGCUGAAGAGGAUGUUCAAGGAGACCAGGAUCAUCGCUACCAUAGUCGUGUUGAUUUGCCUAGCACUGACAUUGUGUGCUGUAUUCUGGUGGAACAACAAGGGGCUGGCCAUCCUGUUCUGUAUUCUCCAGUUCCUGGCCAUGACGUGGUACUCCCUGUCCUACAUCCCUUUUGCCAGGGAUGCUGUCAAGAAGUGUUUUGCAGGCUGCCUUGGAUAAGAAGGACUUCUUCCUGCAAUGAAGAAAAACACAUGCAGAAAUACCAUGCUUUGAUUUGCAUUGGAUAAAUGUUGUGCCUAACUUCUUUUGUUAUUGUGUAGUUUGUCAUCAGUAAAUGUAUUGAAUAUAUAGGUAUGUAAAUGUAUGGUCAGAUGAGUAUCAUAUUCGGCCCUCUUGUACUGAUACUAGGAAUUAAAGUUAUAUCUAAAGGUGAAGUUUUUGUACUCGUAAUGCAGGAAAACUUUUCAGUUUUGGCAACUACUAAGUAGUCAUGACAACACAAACAUGUGUCUUCAAUGUAUUUCUACAGUUACUGUACUACAAAUUCAACCACGAAAAUUCGCUUUGCCCGACUAUUGCAGAAUUAAGUCCUUGCAAAAAUAAAUGAAUUUAAACAGUAGUAAAGACAUUCCAUUGUACUGGUCUACAGAAAUGUUGUCCUUUGAGUGUUUUGUAAAAGAUGGUAAAAAAAGUGCUGUUAAACCAUGCCCAUGCCUUAAA